CACCGAGAUAUGGUAAUAGGUAGAGGACCUGACCAAAAAGGCAGAACAGUCUACAAGACUUAAGGACCAGUUGGAUGAGUACAAGCAUGCAGCGGAAAAGCUUCAAAAGACUGAAAAUGUCAUUGAAAAAUACAAAAAAAAGCUUGAAGAAAGUGCCGACCUUCGCCGUCAAAUCAAGGCUCUAGAGGAUCAAAAUGUUCAGCUCAUGGAAAGAAAUCAAACUAUAGAAGAGGAAUAUCGUAAGGUUUUGGCUUUCAAAACUUUGAUGGACUCGUACAAGGACCAAGUUGCUACUCUCGAGACAAAGAAUAACGAGCUGAUACGAGAGAAGAAUAAGAUGGAGUACGAAAUGCAACACAUGACGAAAAGAGUACAAUCCUUGGAAGAGGAUAAAGCCAAUGAUACUGAACAAAUUCAAUUGCUGGAGGAUCGAUUGCAAGAAAUCGAGAUGAACGGCGAAGAAGAUGGCCAUGCGUACAGUGGAAACGUGGACGAAGAAAUGGAUGUUGACGGAUCAUUAGAAGGAAAUCUUGAACACUCUCUGAAGGAAAAUAAUGUGACCCAAUUGCGACUGAAGAUUCGACGGCUGGAGCGUCAAAUCAAAACCAUGCAGGAGGAUUCUACAUCAGGCGGUGGCCAGAAGGCAGUGGUACUCAAACACCUCUUGGAAGACGCAAACCGUAUGAAGGCGCAGUUUGAAAAGGACUACCUUGAAGCAUCUCAGGAACGAGACAUUCUCAACAGCGAUAUGGCACGCAUACGUGAAGGUAUUCCUGACGCCCUAUUGGACCAGAGUCAGGCCACCAUGUCUUUACGACUUCAUAUCAUCGACAUCGAGAAGGAAUCUAAGAGCCUUAGGGACCGCAAUUCCAAAUUGGAAUCCCGUAUCGCUCAAGGUGGCUUUUCUGAUUUGGAUGGAGACCAAGGUGAUUUGAAAAGCAGAUAUCACGAAUUGGAAUCUCGUGCAAACGACCUUGAGGAGCAAACCAAGAAGCAGCUCCAUGAUAUCAAUAAGUUGUUGCUGGAGAAGGACAUGCUUCAAAGCCAAAGUAUUGAGCAUAAAGACUUGCUUUUGGAGAAGGAGAGAGUCAACAGCGAACUCAAGGCUUCUCUUGUGGCUAUCAAUGCCAAGGAUGACGAACCUUUGAAGCAGCAAAAUGCUCAUUUGCAACAGCAAAUUCUGCAGCUCCAAGAGCAAAUCAAUGAACUGCAAAUCAAGAUACAGAAAGCUAAGGAGUUCAUCAAGCAGCAAGACAAGAUGCUCAAAGAAAGCAGACUUGGUCACAACACUGGAAACUUUGAUGAAGCAGUUACCUCUCUCAAAGCCGAGCUACAAAUGCGCGAGGAUGAGAUUGAGAAGUUACAGAGCAAACUGCAUGAAGUUCGAUUACAGUCAAGGCGUGAGCAGCAAUUGAUCAUAUCUGCUUGGUAUGGUCUGUCGCUUCAAAGACCGAAAGAAAGCAUGAAUCACGCUCGAGCUGCCCCACCGUCUUCUUGGUUAGGCCAGCAGAGACGUACCUUAGACAGUCAGUUGAGAAGACAAUAGGCGGAGUGAUAAUACUUUUACGCUCUCACCAUCCAAUUUUCGCAGUGAUAGCUGUCUGAUAGUGGCAGAAAAUUUCAAUCUACACAUUGUAUAGUUAUGACCACCAUUUUUCGUAUAUUUAAUAAAAAGCCUACAGGCAGAGUGCAUCAGGUCGCAGUAA